AAGACACGACCUUUAUCUAGUUUUGGCGGCACAUGCUGUGCAAUUAUGGCUAAACCCUUAAGCCCAAAUUCGCUACCUCCCAAGGAAUUGUCUAUCUUUAAGCGGAUUGUUAAAUAUUAUGAUCAAAAGCAGUAUAAAAACGGGUUGAAGUUUACAAAACAAAUUCUCAGUAAUCCGAAGUUUUCUGAGCAUGGAGAAACUUUAGCAAUGAAAGGCAUUCUCCUCAACUGUCUCGGGCGGAAGGAAGAAGCUCGAGAUUUUGUCAGACGCGGUCUAAAAGCUAAUAUAUCCAGUUUCGUUUGUUGGCACAUAUAUGGACUGGUCCAGAAGUCGGAUCGAAAAUACGAAGAGGCCAUCAAGUGCUAUCUUCAGGCUUUAAAACUCGAUCCUGAUAACCUACAGGUUCUUCGAGAUUUGUCAGUACUUCAAAUGCAGCUAAGAGAUUAUGAAGGCUGCAAGGAUACCCGGUACAAGUUGUUGAUGUUACGACCUAGUCAAAGGGCUUCAUGGAUAGGGUACGCCGUUGUGCAUCAUAUGCUUGGGAACUACGAAGCUGCACUCACUACGCUUAGCGAGUUCAGAAAAGCUCAAGGAGAAUCUUCUCUCGGUUACGAAACCAGUGAAUUGGUUUUGUAUCAGGCGACAUUAAUGAUUGAAUCCGAGAGAUAUGAGGCUGCUUUAAGCCAUCUGAACGAGUUCGCUGCGGAUAUUGUAGACACGAACUCCUUAUUAGAACUUAAAGCCAAAAUCCUACUCGACCUAGGCAACUUAGAAGAUGCAAAGCAUUGUGCUUGGCAGCUGAUCGACCGUAACCCGGAAAAUCGUUCGUUUUUCGAUUUACUCUUCAAAGCAAAUGGCAUUAACGAUUGGGAAGAGUCUGCUGACCCACUCUUUGUGAAAGUUUUAACGGAAAUUAUUGAGCGUUACCCGAGAUCACACCUUGCUGAACGCCUUAUUCUAAGGUCAUAUUCAGACAACGAAUUCACCGUUCGGUUGGAUUCUUAUCUAAAGCGCUAUUUGUCAAAAGGAGCGCCACCUCUCUUUAUUCAGCUCAAAAGUCUGUGGUCGUGUCCGGAUAAACUGCGUGCUUUGGAAAGUCUUUUAUGUCAGUAUACAGAGAACAUGGACCUUUACAGUUCCCUACACCCAGAUCCUAACGCUGUUGAACCACCUUCCACUUAUGUGUGGUUAAAUUAUCUAAAAGCGCAGUUUCUGAGUUUUACUGGACGAUAUCAGGAAGCUUUGGAGCUGAUCGAUUCUCAACUGUCCUGUACUCCCACCUUAGUGGACUUUUACGUAUUGAAAGCUGAUGUAUAUAAUGCUGCCGGAGAUGCUAUUACAGCAAGCCGUUGGAUGGAAGAAGCUCAGUCUCUUGAUACUGCAGACCGAUUUAUCAAUGCUCGGUGUACAAAAUAUAUGGUACAGGCUUAUCGUAUUGAUGACGCAUUGGCCAUGGCUUCUAAAUUCACUAGAGGUAACACUUCGGCUGCUGAGUAUCUCUCCGAAAUGCAGUGCAUGUGGUUCUUAACCGAAUGCGCACGUGCUCACAAGGAGUCGUCAAGGUUCGGCGAGUCACUCAAAUUGUGUCAUGAAGUUGAACAACACUACCGAAAUAUCUUGGAUGAUCAGCUAGAUUUCCACUCAUACUGCCUACGCAAAGGAACUUUGAGGGCGUACAUUGAAACUUUGCGCUUGGAAGACAGGCUUCGCGAUCAUCCCUCCUAUUUCGACGUCGCUCGACUAGCCAUUGAGAUUUAUUUACAGUUGCACCACAAGCCACUAAGCGAAGAUGACAAUGCCGCCAGUACUGACGCAGGUAGUGUCUCAUCAUCAGAAGCAAAGAAACUCCGCAAUAAGCAACGCAAGGCUGCGCGUAGAGCAGAGGCAGAGGCUGCUCGCAUCAAAUUGGAGCAAGAGCGACGGGAGCAGGCUCUCCGUUCGCGCAACCCCGCUGGCGAAGAAUCUGAUCCGGAUCGACCUACGAACCCCGACAGCGGUUUGGAUCCACAUACUUUGGCUCGGCCCUGUAAUCCCUUGGAAGAGGCUUGUAAGUUCUUGCAUCCCCUGCUCGAUUUAUCACCCCAGCGAAUUGAGGUGCACUGUAUGGCCUAUGAAAUAUACGAACGCAAAAAUAAGCUCCUCCUCAUGCUGCGUUCUAUCAAACACGGAAAGCGCAUUCAUGAUUCUGUUGAUCACCCAUGGUUCCACGAGUGUUGUGUGCGCUUCAUAUGUCGACUUCAGCAAUUGGCCCCCCUCAUGACCACCAGUUCUCCAGAGUCUCCUGUAUAUAAGGUUCUUUUCCCCGAAUCAAUGGACCUGUUUCCCGGAUGGCCCGAUUCAAGUCCAUCUCUACCGGUAACGUUCAACGACGAAUUCAUGGCCCGGAAUUCUGAAAGCUUCCCGCACGUUUUCAGGGCCGUUUUAGUUCGCUGCCUUAUUGAACCUCAGAGGCGAAAACACCACCUGUCCGAGUUGCCUUUUCCUUCCGAUUUCUCGAGGAACGUGACUUGGGAAACUUGUGCCGAUUGUUUGAAGCUGCUCAAAGCUGCUCCGUACGGACCUCUCGGUCAGAUCGAUGCUUCCGUAAUCGAGCAAUUCCGUCUUGCCUGUUCUCGUUUAUUCCCGAUGGCAAAUGCGUUUCGCACCGAGACCGAGUUGAGUGAACUGCGUUCGAAAGCUAUUAAUGAUGCUAUUGCAACAGCGCAGUGCGGUGUGUACACCUCAUACACUGGCUCGGACGUUUAUCGGAGCGACAAUCAAGCGUUUAUGGAGGGUGGGGAUCUGCUUACCAAAUCUGUUGUUAACUUGACUGUGAGUGGAGGAAACUUAGUCAAUGGCAUCACUGCUGACGGCUCAACCUAUUCCUCAGAGCACAACUCACCACACGAAAAAUCUAACAGUCUUCAAAAAGUGGGCAGCCCCUCGGUGAUUAACUGCAUCGAACAAACGAGCAAAGCCUAGUUAUUCUUCUAUUUCGCCACUUGUAUUUUAACUGUCUUUUAUGACCUUCCUUUAGCAGAUUUUCUUGUGCUCCAUCUUAUCAGCUCACUGAACAAACGGGGAAACAGAUCUCGUUAUUCGAGUAAAUCCCGCGCGCCUCUUCUUUUGGCAUCCUCCUAUUUUGUUUGGAGACUACAACUUCUUUAUCAUUACAGAACCGUUCUGGCACUCCUCUUCCCUCCACUGACUUCAUCCUCAGUGGUGCUGAUUGUAUUUUUAGAGCAAAGUCCUCUUUCCUGUAAACACUUAAUCUUCUAGAACUUGUACAUCGCUAGUUUGCACAUGGUUUUCCAUCGGCUGGCCACCGAAUUUGCGCUCUCUAAUGUUGCUGCUGCAGCUCAUCGUUUCUGUGAUUCCCCUCUCCCCUACCUAGCGCACUCCACCAUCCAGCCUACUUGUUCACACGAAACGCUGCAGGUUGUUCAAUCUAAACUUAUGUGUGCUUUCAUUCUGUCUUUUUUUUACUAUGGAGCUCUUCUGCUCACUAAUCCACAGUGGCUUGCAGCUUCAAUGAGGUAAUUCAGUCUUUGCCACUUGCUGUCGUUUCCAUGCUUACCCAACAUUUGGGUGCAGUGAGGUAGUUGCUUUUCUUGCAACGGGUUUCCUUGUCGUUGAUGACAUGGCACUCAAAUCUGUGCUCUUUUCUGGCAUCGCUGUCCCGGUGAGGUGUACUUCUGCUGGGUUAUGUUUCCAUUCAGGUCAUCUAUCUGUUAAUUGAGGCUCACUAACUACAUUCACUUCCAGUUCCGUGCAGAUGUUUCAAAGCUUGUCCAAGUCCAAAGGAGUUAUGCUGAACGAGUAGCUGCAUGUUUUGCUUGCCUUGUUUCUUCACUUUCGUGAAUUAUUCUGAUGUGACAAGAGCUUCAAUUUAAUUGCCCACUGCUUG